GUUUGACUAGCAGUAAGUUUUUUUUUCUUCUUUAAAGCAACAAUGGAUCGAGUGAGGUCUGCGUUCAACAGCAUGAUCAAAAGUGAGCGGUACAGCAGGUUCACUCUGCAGCCGGCAGAUGACGGAGAAACCCACGUUGAGGUCAAACUGUCGGACGGCGCCACAGAGGCCGCGGACCAGGCCGGGGGAUCUCCGAGCUUCAGGCCAGCACCUCCUCAUCGCAAACGGAGUACUGUUUGCUACCUGGCCCUGGGGACUCUGCUGAUAUUUGUCACCGGCUACUUGCUUGGAUACCUCUGUCACCAUGAAACUCGAGAGGAGUCGGUAAACUGUGGCUCCGAGCCGGAAGGAAAGACAGCUACACCACCUGCUGCUACCCCACCUGUUGUAGUACCAGCUCCAGAGGUUCCGCUGUACCAACUCCUCACACAGAAACUCACCAGCCGCGCAUUUGACAAAACUCUGAGGGACUUUGACCUGCCCAGGCGUUCAGCAGGAAGUGUGGAAGACCGGAGUCUGGCGAACCGCAUCCUUGACCAAUUCAAGGAAGCGGAGAUGGAGCCCUGGACUGACAUCCACUACGUUCAGCUGCAGACGCCGGACAGCAACCGUCCAAACCGUGUCCUUUUUGGUUCAGAUAUCUUUAAGCCUACUGGGUAUCUGGCUUACAGUGCUCCUGGGGAAGUUCAGGGCAAGCUGGUGUAUGGCAACUACGGUCGCCAGGAGGAUCUAGAUGUCCUGCAGAAAAAGAACAUUGAACUGAGAGACAAUGUGUUGCUGCUCCGAGCUGGAAAGAUCAGCUUUGCAGAGCAGGUUGAUAAUGCCGCCACAAAGGGGGCCUCUGCUGUUCUAAUCUACCCUGACCCUCAAGAUUAUACAUAUGUAGCAGACACGGCACUCUACGGACACGUCCAUUUGGGUUCAGGCGACCCCUACACCCCUGGAUUCCCCUCCUUCAACCACACCCAGUUUCCCCCAACGCAGUCGUCCGGCCUCCCUAAAAUCCCAGCCCAGACUAUCACCGCCAAGAUGGCUUUAGCUCUUCUAAAGAAAGUUGGCGGCCCUGUACCAGAUGCAAGCAGCGGUUUUAAAGGCGACCUCCCUUCAGUGGCUUACAGCCUGGGAGGCAGCGAGAACAUCACGGUUGAGGUGAACAACGUGCUGGUCAACCGAGAGAUCCACAAUGUGUUUGGAGUCAUAAAAGGAUUCACUGAUCCUGAUCAAUACGUUGUACUGGGAGCUCAGAGAGACGCCUGGGGUGACGGUUUUGCCAAAGCCGCUGUUGGCACCUCAAUACUGAUAGAGCUGGCCAAGGCUGUUCGGGACAUGGUGGAGAAUGAUGGGUUCAGACCCAGGAGAAGCCUGGUGUUUGCAAGCUGGAGCGCCGGGGAGUACGGAAGUGUCGGCGCCACCGAGUGGUUGGAGGGUUAUAUGUCCUCUAUUGACAAACGUGUUUUCACCUACAUAAGCCUAGAUGGAGUGGUCAUGGGUCGUGGGAGCUUUAUUGCCUCAGCAAGUCCGCUGCUCCACAGCCUCCUCGAGAACACGAUGAGAAAGGUGAAGUGCCCUUUUGGUCCUGGCACUGUGUACGAUAUGGUGGGAGCAAGUAACUGGGAGGCCAAAACACUGAGGCCAAUGUCAAUGGAUGACCCCGCCUAUCCGUUCCUGGCCUUCUCUGGAAUUCCCUCCAUCUCUUUCCACUUCAUCUCUCCCAACACUGAGGCCUACAGUUACUAUGGCACCAUCCUGGACAACAAGGAACACCUCAGUUACACAACCGGCCAUCUCACCAGUGAAAUUGUGGCAUCGGCGGCCCAGUUCGCCGGCCAUAUGGCUCUGCGACUGGUCCACGACCGCUUGCUCAGCCUGGAUGUUGGCCGAUACAGCAGCGUCCUUACCAAGGCUGUGGCCCGAGUCUACAAACGCAUCAACCAGCUCUCACAGUCUGGCCAGCUGAAGGGGGUGAAUCCUAACUGGCUGAAUCGUGCAUGCGGCUCCUUUCAACGAGCUGCUGCAAGCAUCCAAAGUGACAUCCAAAACACGGACUUAAAUGACGAUGAGGCCUGUCGGAUCCUCAACAACAGGAUCAUGAGUGUUGAGCACAGCCUUCUCUCUCCAUACGUGUCCCCCAUUGAGACUCCCUUCCGUCACCUCCUGCUGGGUCGGGGCUCCCACACGUUGGCAUCCAUCGCCAAGACCACCGACAUGGGGCAGCUCCACAUCCAGCUGGCCCUGGCCACCUGGAACCUGCAGGGAUGUGCCAAUGCCAUGGAGGAAAACCUGUGGGACAUUGAUGAGGAAAUCUGAAGAAAGACAGGGAGUUGUAAGCUUGGGUGUUGUGUGUGUGUGUGUGUGUGUUGUUUGAGGUAGGGCAGAGGGGGAAGCUCCAAUAUCAGCACUUGAGCACAAGCUGUCAAUCACCAGUCUAAUCCCCAGCCUUUACAAAACCGGCUUGUACUUCCACAAAGAUCCAGGAGGAGAUAGAAAUAUAAACAUGUUCUUAAAUGUGAACCUACAUCAAAUACUUGAAGAAAUAUAAUAAUGCUACUGAAGUCUGCCUCCUCUCCUCCUGGCUCCCCAUGGAACUAGUUAAAGCCUUUGCUGCAACCUCUAGUCAUUGAAACCUUAUUUAUACUUUUUUAUUAUUAUUUAUUAUCAGUGGCAGUGCCCACUAUAAACUUUUUAUACAACGUUAUCGGAAGCAGUGCCUUCCAUAAUUAUGACGGUUAUACUGUCUAACCCUCCGGCAGCAUCUGCUACAGAAAUGACUCCUCAACUGUUGCCGACAAAAUGGAGCCCGUGAGAAAGUUAGAUUUUUAAUUUCGGCCUUCAUUUCUUCCAUUUUGUGUGAAGAGAUUUUUCUAGAAAACAUCAAAUCAUGAGAAGGUGGAGUACAAUAGCUGUGCUUCACUUUGUCUUUAAAGUGGUUAUUAAUUAAAAUACAUUAAAAGGGAGAAAUGAAGGGCAGAAAAAAAGGUUUUUCCUUUCUGUCAAAAACAAGUCUAGGUGCAGAGAAAAAAAACUAAAACUCUCUCGAUAUUGGAUUUCUUAUUUAUAUAGCAACAAUCCCAGAAAUGAGUUAAGACUGGAUUUAUUCCAAUCUUGAUGACAAAAUAAAUGCGAAAAAAAUAAAUAAUGCACUGAAAUGAUCCAACCCUUUUUUAGUGUAACAGCUAAGCUGAUUGGAUCCAUAAUUUUGAAAGCCAUUUAUGUUGCACAGUCAACUUUUGGAGCAGUUUAUAAUAUGAUAAAGUUAUCGGGAGCAGUGUCUUCCAUAACUAAAACCCAUUAUCGGAAGCAGUGUCUUCCAUAAUGACAAGCAGUGAUGGUAGUUUUUGCCUACCAGUGUGUGUGAUUGUGUGUGUGCGUUUUUACAUGUGUAUUUAUCGGGAGCAGUGUCUCUCAUAUUUCACUGAAGGGUGGAACGACUUAUCGGGAACAGUGUUUCCCAGAGUUUUAUACUAAUAUAUUGUUGUUUUGUCUUUUUUUUUGUAUUUGUGUGUGUGCGCUUCUCUAUUCUUGCUCACAUUUCUUUUUUUGAUUUCCGAUUUUGCAUCUAAUCAAGCAACUCCGUACACAAAUACACACUAAAGAAUAUUAAAAUGAAUUGUAUUCAGUGUAGUUAGAAGCUAAUGUCUCUGUCGGGCGUGUAAACUCCAGUUUUCUUUGUGUUUGUGACUUUAGACAUAAUAGAUGUUGCACCUACAUAUACAUUUAAUUCACAAGCUAUAACUCUUUGCAUGCGGUUUAAUGACAUAUUUCCUCUUCAAUGCAUGGUACUGUAUUGCUUUUAGUAAGGUGUAGCUCAAGACUUCUACCGUAUUACGCACUUUUCAAUUAAGUUCAGUUCAGUUUUUUUUUUCUUGUUAAAUCAGGAGGAACAUAAAACAGGAGCAAAAAAUAUGAGACCAUAGAUAAUUAUUCAACACUGGUAACUGUAAUUGACCUUGCAAAUUAUUGACCUUGUAAACAAUUAUAAGAGAGGUAAAUGUGUUUUAAAGAACAUUAUUGUCAGUUAGCCCUAUUUUAACUAGGUUAACUACAUUAAAAUGCAUCCUUUGUUUUAACAUACACUCGAGCGCAAACAGAACAUUACAGUUUUAUAAUUUGGGUUAUUAUAUGUUUAAAAAUUAUUUUUGUUGUUUUCUGGUGCCACUUCUGUUGAGCUUGAUACUGUUAUAGCCUGUUUUGACUUUCCAAUAUCUGUUGCAAGAGUUUAAAAUAAGGUUACUUUAUCCCAGUGGGGGAGGCUUGGGUGGCUGGGAAAUGGCUUUUCCGCUCGCUGGGUCUACUGCAAUGUUUCAAAACCUGUUCUUGAAUUCAUGUUUUUGUGAUCUCCAUAUUCGGCAGAAAGAUUUAAUAAAAUCCUUUUGGCUUAGCAUCCAG